AUGGCUAGUUUAGAAAUAAAUAAAGUGGGAAACAAAGAUAACGUAAUAUGGGUCACCCCCAAAGUUGAAGGAACACCCUUAAGAAUGGAGCUAGACACACGCUCUGCAGUUUCAGUUAUCCAGUAUCAGUUAUACAGAGCUAAGUUUGGUCACAUAAAGCUACAGACAAGUCAAAUCACACUUAGAACUUACAAGGGGGAAAAGCUGUAUCAAAAAUUGAAAAUCAACUGUAGAGUUAGUCUCGACGGCCAGACAAGACAGCUAGAUAUUCAAGUUAUUGAGUCCCCAGGACCGGCGUUAUUUGGGCGUGAUUAG